AUGAAGCUCUUCACCACUCUUUUGGGGGCUUCGACCCUGCUCCUGUGCUCCCUGCAGCACUCGUCGGCCUACACGCGCCUGUCUGACGCCACGCUGCAGACGCUUCCCUCGCCAGGCAACGACUUCGACAUCAACACUGGCGCCCUGCUCGCGCCGAUCCUGAUUCCCCGCGUGCCUGGCACCCCCGGCUCCGCCAAGGUGCUCGCCCAUUUCGUCGACUUCUUCCGCACGGCUCUGCCAAAAUGGAAUCUCGAGUUCCAGAACUCGACGUCCACCACGCCCACUAGCGCCGGCCAGGAGAUCCCCUUUGUCAACUUGGUCGCGACCCGCGACCCCCCGUGGGCCAGGCCCGGCGAGGUCGGCCGCCUCGCUCUUGUCGCCCACUACGACUCUAAGCUCACGCCCGCUGGCUUCAUUGGCGCGACGGAUAGCGCGGCGCCUUGCGCGAUGUUGAUGCAUGUUGCGCGUAGCAUCGAUGCGGCGCUGACGAAGAAGUGGGAGAAGAUGCAGGCGGAGGGAUUGGCGGACGACCUCGAGGAUACGAAGGGCGUCCGCAUUGUGCUGCUGGAUGGUGAAGAGGCAUUCUACAGCUGGACAGAGACGGAUAGCUUAUACGGCGCGCGUGCUCUCGCGGAAUCGUGGGAGAACACGUACCACUCGGCAUCGUCGACUUUCAAGACGGAACUGGCGUCGCUUGAGUUGUUCCUCCUGCUCGACCUCCUUGGAUCGAAGGACCCGAAAGUGCCUUCGUACUUCCAAACCACGCAUUGGGCAUACAAAGCCAUGGCUGGGAUCGAGGCGCGUCUCCGCACCCUUGGCCAAUUCAAGUCCUCGCCCAACCACCACUCUAAGAGGGGAGAGGGCGUCAAGCCCCGGGCGGAGCCGCCGUUCCUCAUAGACGCGAACAAGCAGGACGACAAUUUCAGGUCCAUGAUUGAAGACGACCACAUCCCCUUCAUGAAAAGAGGCGUAGAGAUCCUGCACAUGAUUCCGUCUCCCUUCCCCAGGGUCUGGCACCAGAUAGACGACGACGGACAGAACUUGGACUUGAAUACGGUGGAAGACUGGGCCAUGCUCGUAACCGCAUUCGCAAGCGAGUGGAUGGAGCUAGAAGGGUUCUUUGACGCCAACGCCGCCUCAAAGCAGCAAGAGGGCGGCGGCGCUGGGAACCGGAAGAGGGAAACAGAGAGGUCUGAACUGUGA